UCUGGAAAACUAGAAAGUGCUGAUUCAGUGUUUGACAGCUUGUUAAAGUUUAUGGGAAAAGGCUUGUCGAUAGACGUGCAGGAGUGCAGAAGCAAACGAGGUUUUUUUUCGUGUCUGAUGAGCUCCUCCGUCGCACCGCUGGUGGUAAGAUGGCUGUGCAGCUGGAUGGAGGAGGGAAGGAGGACUUGAAAACACAGUUUGUCACGCGGGAAGGAACAUACAAGCUAAUGACUUUGUCGGAGUAUUCGAGGCCAAACAGGGUCGGCUACACGAACAGUCAAGGAAGCGCAUCUGUUAGAGUGUCUUUCGUUACAUUACCGGAGCCAGCAGACCCCACAGGUGCGCAAGGUCUCGGCGACCGAAUGUGCUUCAACUUUGGCAAGGAGCUCUAUGUUUAUGUGUAUCGAGGUGUUAAAAAGGCUGUGGAUUUAAAUAAGCCAUUAGACAAAAAAUUAUAUAAAGGAACCAAUCCCACUUGCCACAAUUUUAAUCAAACAACGGCAACAGCAGAUAGUGCCCCAUUAUUAGUUGGUUUCUCAACAGGGCAAAUUCAGUUGAUAGAUCCAAUAAAAAAAGAACUAAGCAAAUUAUAUAAUGAAGAUAGGCUGAUAGACAAAAGCAAAGUGACAUGUAUAAAAUGGGUUCCUGGCUCUAACAACCUGUUCUUAGUAUCGCAUAGUUCUGGGCAAUUAUAUUUAUACAACGAAGAACUCUUGUGUGGUACAACAGCUCCUCAUUACCAAUCCUUCAAAUCAGGAGAUGGUUAUGCUAUAUACACUUGCAAGACAAAAUCCACUAGGAACCCUUUGUACCGAUGGGUAAUAGGCGCAGAAGGAUGUUGUAUAAAUGAAUUUUCCUUUAGUCCGUGCGGCUCCAAUUUAGCUGUAGUUUCUCAAGAUGGGUUCCUACGAGUAUUUCAAUAUAACACAAUGGAGUUAGUGGGUUCAGCUAGAAGUUACUUUGGCGGAUUUCUGUGCGUAUGUUGGUCACCAGAUGGAAGAUACGUUGUUGUUGGCGGUGAAGACGAUCUUGUGACAAUUUGGAGCUUUCAUGAAAAAAGAGUAGUAGCUCGAGGUCAGGGUCAUCAUAGUUGGGUAAGCGUAGUAGCGUUCGAUCCUUACACUACAUCUUAUGGAGACCAUGAUCCUGACUUCAGUGGCUCGGAUGACGAAACAUUGCCACACAAUAACCAUAAUCACUUCUGCGAAAAGUCUAAUCGUCUGUCCACAACCUCGCAAGGAGUUCACUCGAAUAGAAACUCUUGCGGGUCAGAGUUGAGAGUGUCGGGUGGUACAUGCUACAGGCUAGGUAGCGUGUCGCAAGAUACUCAACUGUGUUUGUGGGAUAUUACCGAAGACGUGUUGAGACAACCGAUGUGCGCGAAGCAGAGGCCCUCUGUAGCAGGUUCUGGUACCCUUUCUACAUCGGGAACAGUUAACAGCGGGAACGGCUCUACGGCGAAUCAUCAUUUGAACAAUUCUAAACACAAUAAUCUGAAUAAUGUUAAUUACAGAGAAAACGCGAGUGGUAAUAACGAAAGUAGUAACAAUAGCACAAGUACAAAUACCGCAGUGUCAACUGUAAAUUCAUUGACACAAAGGUUAGCAGGUCUUGGUUUCGGUGAGCGUAAAGGUGAUAAUCAUAAGAGAAACUUUAGCCUCACUAUGAGAGGUAGUGGUGCAUCUAAUAGCACAAUAAUGCAGAACAGUGGUGGCGACAAAGCUACUACUAAUUCAAAUGCAAGUAGUAAUAUGAACAGUGUCAGUGGAAGUUUAGUAGGUGCAAACAAAAAGGUUUGUUCUGUGAUGGACGACCCGAUGAGGUUGAUAGGAACUGCCCGGUGCCCUAGGUUCGAUGAGUGCCCAGUUUUAGAACCGUUGGUGUGCAAGAAGUUGGCACACGAAAGAUUGACUGAAUUAGUGUUUAGGGAAGAUUGCUUCGUAACAGCGUGUCAAGAUGGAUAUGUCUACACAUGGGCAAGGCCUGGUCACAUGGUAGGUCCUCUCACCAUCAGCAGCACUCUGCACAGGCCGCAUCAUCAUAGCAAUCCUUACACCAAUAUUAAUUCCUUAAAAUCGUUCAAAUUAUGCGGCUGUGAAAUUGUAUGCACGAACAAAAUGAAAAGGUUGCAAAUACUUCGCGUAGAUAACGACUUGGUGGAAAAAGCGUAUUUACAGAUAGGUAAUAAUAUCAUCGGUCGAAGUGUCGCAACUGGAUGGGAUAAUGAUCAAAAUAUCAAACACGCAGUAACAAUAAAUUUAUCGCCUGACAAUGAAAUGACAAUAACGCCGCAUCAGGUUUCACCAUGUUACAUGAAAUCUACUGAAACAUCGCGGUGGAAACUUCUUAAAGUGGGCACUACUGUUCCACUAAAGCCAGGCGACGUUUGUUCCUUAUUAUCGCAUAAAUGUUGGUUCAAAGUAAUGUCAGUACCUGUUACUAUGGAAGACGAUCAAGAACACGCCAUCAAACGGAAGGCUAAAGAGGAAAUAAGUUGCGACAUACCCGAUAAGAAGCCUUGCACGGACAUAGGAGAAGGAGAUAAUGUACAAUCCCGUAACGUAGCAAAUAAUCUAAGGACCGAUAAUAAUAAUAUAGUCGAAGAGAAGAAUAAAGAGAUUACUGUGAUCAAACAGGAUCUGUCCAAUGAUAUAGCUGUCACAGAAUCAGCAGAACAAAAUGUUCAGGAACAUCUAGCCUCUAGUAGCUCCAAAGUUGAAAAAAAAAUCCACACAUCGAAUUCUAAGAGCCAAGAUAAUGAGCCCUACACAACAGGGCAGGCAGAAAUUUCUGCUUCGGUACAUGUUGACAAGCCAAAUGUAUCUGCUAGUGUAACAACAGACAGGCCCAGGAGGGAAAAAUGCUAUUAUGGAAAAGAUUGUUAUAGGAAAAACCCACGACAUACAGUUGAUUUUAGUCAUCCUGGAGAUUCUGAUUAUGAUGUCCCAGAUGAUAGAAAAUCCUGUCCUUACGGUAAACGGUGUUACCGUACGAACCCUCAGCACAAAAUGCAGUAUAAACAUACAGCGACGAAUGCAGUUAGUCCACAUCGUAAACAACGAAGUAGAGAGACUGUAAGAGCGUCUUCAGAUACUUUAUCCGAUCUGGAAGAUUUAUCCGCGGAUGAAUCAGCGGAAGAAUCUGUCGACGAAUCGGAGUAUGUAUUGUCUAGCGAUGCGGAGUCGGACGAUGAUUUCGGAAAUGACUGGGAUGAUGAUUUCAUAAAUGAAUCGGAUGAUGACUAG